UUAAUAUGUUUAUUACAAUUAAUAAAAUCAUUUAUAAAAAUAAUAGUAUAAUUGACAAAAUCGAUAGUAAUUCCUGUUUUAAAUCAUAUGUAUACGUGUACCUUCUUCAUCACCUAGGCAAUAAAUAAACAUGAAAUGGAAUCGAUCUAAUCAUCCAUAGUUGAAUUAUCAUUCUCAACUUCUAGAAUUGUUUGCAAAAAUUGUAAGAAACAACUUGUUCAGCGAUAUGUCUGAUUUAGCUAAAGAUUUAUUAACACAAUAUUAUGGAUUUGGUGCAGCAUCGAGUGGCAAAAAAUUUCUCUCGAUACAUCGUAAUAUCGAAAGAGUAAAGAAUGAAGACGAAAAACAGAUUACUGAGCAACAUUCUUUAACUAACAAUGAUGAGAAUGUGGCCAAUGAAGAGCUUCAGAAAGAUAUUGAGGAGGAUCGAAAACUUAGUAUUGGAAACAAUUUAUAUCCACAAUCCUCACAAGUUUUAGAUAACUUGGAAGAUACAUAUGAUAAUAAUGAAAAUUUUGACAUAAGAGAUAUCGAUUUUGGUCCGAAUAUUCUUUGUAGCACUUUCGAAAAUGUAUCACCUAAACAAUCAUAUGAACAAUUGUCUGAUAUAUCAGAUGUACAUUUACCCAAGCAAUCAACAAAUGAUGUUUCUUCAAAUUAUGUUAAAAUAAAUAUCGAAGAUCCAGAAAUAGAAAUAAAUGAUGGCGUAAGAGAUGCAAAGAAAGAUGAAUUAAAUUUGGAACUUAUCGAAGACACAUUUUCUGACGAUGUUUCAGAAUAUUCUUCCUUAUCAUAUAAAGAAUCAAAAACAUUUUUGAAGAGUAAUACAAGUUUACUGUCAAACGAAUCUAUUUCAUCGCCAUUAGUAGCAAAAAAGGAACCUAUUUACAAUGACAUGUUUGCAGAUUUUUCAAAUACAGAUUUAAAACAAUUUCCUAUUGCGAUAUUAAACAAUUUUUCACAAUUAAGGAUGUUAUAUUUGUCGAAUAAUAAUUUGAUCGAAGUUCCUGACGAAAUUUUCACUUAUUUAAACUAUCUACAGUGGUUAGAUAUCAGAAAUAAUCAAAUUACUUUUUUGCCAGUUAGCAUUAAAUGGCAUAGCUGCUUAGAAACAAUUUUACUUCAAGGAAAUAAAAUAAAGGAAUUACCAUUGGAACUUUGCACCCUAUCAAAUUUAAAAAAUCUUCAAGUAGCAGAUAAUCCACUUAUCAUGCCUCCACAAGAUAUUGUAACUUCCGGUUGCGCUACCAUUUUGGAAUUCUUACGAAUUGAAUGGAAUAAACAACAUCCUGAUGAAUGGAUAGAACCCAAAAAAAAUAAAAUUGAACCAAAAUUAUCGACAAUUUUAUGUUAUCAAUCUCCACGAAAAAAUAAAAAAAAAAUAACAUCAUUGAAGGACAUGUGUAAUAAAAAUAUAGCUAUAAGCGAAAAACGUAAAUUAUAUAAACCAAGUAGCAGAUGUGAAAAUAAAGGUGCAAACAUUAUAAUGGAACAUCGAUUAUUAUGGUUUUCCAAGUUAAGAGAUUUAAUUGCUAAACAAACAGCAACAAUCCAAAAAAUAAAAGAUGAAAAUUUUUUAAAAGAAUGGAGGCAGGAUAAAAGAAGUUAUACCAAAGCUAUGCAGAAGGCAAUGAAGAGAAAUGAAGAUGACAUUCCAUUUGAUAUUGAUGUUGAAGAUUAUGCUUCUAUAUUCAAACAAAAUUCUAAAUUGAAAAAGUUGAAGUCAAAAAAAAAAGACAAACAAAGAUUUUCAUCACCUAUAGAUAUUAACAAGAAAAUUAACGAACUGUUAGAAUCUUUAAAUAAACUCGAAAUAAAUACUACGUAUGAAAUAAGUCCUAGAAGUAAACAGAACUUGUAUAAAAAUGAAAUAGAAAAGAUAUUACAAUUUCAAAAUGAAAUUCAAAAUUUGCGAAAAUACAAUGAAGUCAAUAUACCAUAUAAAGUAUCAUCGUAAAAUUAAGCAAAAUUUGCUUACAAUACCGAUAUCUUUCUGAUUACACCAAGAGUAUCAGUCUUGACAUAUUUAUUUAAAUAAAUCAAUAGUAAUCACAUAUCGUUUCAAUAAUAUUAAUUACACAUUCAGUACUUAAUACACGACGAGAUAACUGGAAAUAUUAUUGUACGCACAUCGUUUCUUUUUAUUAUUAAAACUAUCAAAAAGAGAAAACACGUAUUAAAAAAGUUGUCUAUUAUAAAAAAGUUAUGCAUUCGAAAAAUAAUUUGUAUUAAAUAUAGAAUCUUUAUGUAAGAAUGUGCAUUAACAUUUAUAUUUUGUGUGGCAAAAAAGUACAUAUAAUUAAUAAAUCAUAAUAUAACUAUAUAUAAAAAUAAAAAAAAGAAAGUAACAAAAUAUAUAAAACAUUUUUACUUUCCAGCUUUCCCGUCUACACAACCCUUUUUUCUUUGUUGUUUUUUGAUGUAAGAUCAUCGCAAAAAUAUAUAGCGAAUAUAAAAAUUCUACAAAUUAGAUAAUCCGAAUUAAAAUAGAUUUGAUAAUUACGAGAAUAAUUUUCAUGUUCGAAAAUUUUUUUUCUUUCUUGUACAUGGCACUGAAUAUAUGAUUCAUUCCAUAUUUAAAGUCGAAAAAAUGACAUUCUUAGUCCAUAAUACAAUUGUUUUGUAGUAGUACUGUGAUCAAUAGUAAUUAUAAGGCAAAUAUCUAAGAUCUUUAUAUUUAUUUAAAUUUUUUUCGCGUUAUGUAUCUAUUUGUAAAUUUACCUUAUUCGGUAAUUAUUUUCUAUCUUGAUUCUGUACAUUUGAUACAUUGACGCAUACAAUGCGAUACGAACAACUAGCUUGUUAAUUUAUAACUAAUAAUGUAAAGACUUAAUCAUUAUUACUAAUUGUUAGUGUUGAAUACACAUUAUCUGUUUUCUUUUGAAUAUAAAUAAUUUUUGUGUAUGUAUAAAUGAAUCGAUUAUUUGCAAUAGAAUAGAAACUUAUUAUCAUUAAUAAAGUAAGCAACAAUAUAAAACAUAACAUGUACGUUUCGAAUGUUUCUGUAAUAAAAUUAGAUUAGUAAACAAUUAGUUGUUUUCGGACGUGUGAGCACUAAUGAAAUAAUCAACAUUUUCUAAACAAUUCUAUAUAUAUCACACGUUUCGUGGCACACAUACACGCGUAUUAUAUAAUACGAUUGUAGAGCCAAUUAGGAAUCAUUAAUUAUACCGAAUUAUAUCCAUAUAAACAAGAAUAACAUUAAUUAGGAUGGAUAUAUUAAACAUAAAAAGGCCUCGCAAUAGGCAUAUUAACGUAUAAAUAUUAAUUAUAUACAUACUUCGAAGAAAACAUUUUGUAAUUGGGCAGUACAAUACCUAUAGAUUAAGUGAUUUCCUUAGAAACGCGAAUCCAAUGUUAAAACUAGUUUUAUUUUUUUUUUUAUAACGUUUCAGUAAAAGCGAACCGAUCGAAGUUUUUCUAUCUUUGACUCACAGUUUUUUCUUCAUUUGCGUAUGUAGUUUUUAUAAGAAAAUAUUUUUCAAUGGAUUAAAAAGCUUCGAUUAAUUCAUUAAUUGAACACACAUACUGGUAUUUUCUUUUUUUUUUCAUCGUAUAUCAUUCAUCACGUAUAUACAUUCUUCAAACUUUAAAAAAAAUUUCCUAUGAAUAUACAAGCAUACUGGAUAUACUGAAAUCUCAUAGCGAUGUACAACAUAAAUAUAAAAUUAACAUAUUCUCCUUUACUAUUUGUUUCUUGUUUAUCUUAUUUAAAGUUUACUAUUGCACGUUUUACACUUUCUUUUUCAUAUUCUCCUCACUCAAUACAACAUAAUAUUUUGUUGUAUAUACAUUGCAUGCGUAUAUUAAACACAUUUGGAUGAGUUUUAUUUUCUUUUGUUUACGGUUUAAAAAGACAGAUAUCUCGUAAGACAAUUUUUAAAAAAGAAUUACGAGUUACUAAAACGAGUUGCAUAAUAUAAAAUCUGUCUAUAUUAUUCUUUUUCAUUCCUAAGAAUGUUUUUAUCGAAUUCUGUCCAUUGCACAAAAAUUCACAAUAAAGACAGAAAGCUUUUCCAGAUUGUUAGAUAAUAAUAAAUAGAUUUUUACGUUAUUCGAAACUUUGUUUCAAAAUUGUAGAAUCUUUCUUCAAAGAUGGUCCAAGCAGAUACACUUUAUUCACAAAUAUCACUGGUGUACUCAUUCUUUGUUAGAAACUUCUACACAUAGUUUUGAUUCCAGGAUGUUCUUCGUGUGCUGGAUUUAAAUCAACGAAACCGAGUUUACUAUAAAAUUCAUGAGAUUCUUUAUCAGUGCAUGACAUUGUUGUAUGCACACCAAAUGAACC